GCUCGAGUGUCGGCUGCACUGCAACUACGAGCAGGCGGUGAUGCUGGCCAGCUACAGUCUGCAGGCCGAGCUGGGCGAUUACGAGGCCGACCGGCACUCGGCCCAGUACAUCAGAGAGUUCUCCAUCUUCCCCAAGCACAUGGUGCUGGACGAGGAGCGUCGCGAGGCGCUGACCGAGGCGGCGCUGCAGUCGCACUCGGCCCUGCGCUGGUCUCUCCCAGCAGCUGGCCGAGGUCUACUACAUCAUGGAGGCCCAACAGCUGGAGGGCUACGGUCAGGAGCACUUCGUUUGCAGGGACGACUGCAGCAACGGCGUGCUGGUGGGCGCCUCCCUGACCGGGAUUGUGGUGCGGCUGGGCGGCAACCAGCCUCCCACCUUCUACCGCUGGGCCGACAUCACCAACCUGCACAACCACAAGCGCAACUUCGGCAUCGAGCUCACCGAGAACCGCACCGUGCAGUUCGUCAUGGACGACAAGGAGCUGGCGAAGUACGUCUGGAAGGUGUGCGUCCAGCAGCACAAGUUCUUCGAGACGAACCAGACGCUGCUGGAGGGCAAGGAGACGAUCUCGCAGCUGCCGCCGCCCGACAUCCAGUCGUCGACGGUGCCGCGGCCGCUGGAGACGCUGGACGGCGUGCCGGGCCGCCUUGGCCAGGAGGAGCCGCCACCGGCCACCGUGUUCCCGCAGGAGCCGACGUUCCAGCCGGAGCCGGGCUACCAGCAGGAGCAGACGUACGUGGAGACGGGCAGCGACCUGCGCUACGGCAUGAUCACCUACAGCCAGCCGGCCACCGAGAGCAGCUGGAGCCUCAGCCAGCAGCAGCAGGCAGCCCAGGCCAGGGCGCUGCUGCCGCAGUACCGCCAGGCGCCCGACUACGACACGGCCGUGAAGCAGAUCCACGCGGGCGGCGCGGGCCCGACCGAGCCGCCGGUCACCUACAUGUACCGCUCUCAGCCGGAGAUCCACCACCUGGACGCCGACGUGAGCGACUUCUCCCAGUACAAAAACUACGCCGACCUGUCGCACCUGCCCUCGUUCAGCUACCCGGGCAACGGUGGCGCCGUGACGGCAGCGCCGCCUGCCGGCGACCUCAUCAACUCCAGCGUCCACACGUACAGCACUCCGGAGCUGGCCACGCAGAGCCUGGGUGACGUCACGGCCGACCCGGUGACGUCAGAGCUGCAGCUGUACCAGAUGUACAAGCCGCCGCCGCCUUACCCGUACAGCAAGCCGGCCAGCAGCUCGACGCCCGACCUCGCCUCGGCGGCCGUCCAGGCGUAG